GAGUCCUCCACAGCAACAACUGGAGUCCUCCACAACACCAAGAGUCCUCCACAACAACACCAGGAGUCCUCCACAACAACAGGAGUCCUCCACAACAACAGGAGUCCUCCACAACAACUGGAGUCCUCCACAACACCAGGAGUCCUCCACAACAACAGGAGUCCUCCACAACAACAACAGGAGUCCUCCACAACAACAGGAGUCCUCCACAACAACAACAGGAGUCCUCCACAACAACAGGAGUCCUCCACAACACCAGGAGUCCUCCACAACAUCAAGAGUCCUCCACAACAACAGGAGUCCUCCACAACAACAGGAGUCCUCCACAACAACAGGAGUCCUCCACAACAACAGGAGUCCUCCACAACACCAAGAGUCCUCCACAACACCAAGAGUCCUCCACAACACCAAGAGUCCUCCACAACACCAGGAGUCCUCCACAACACCAAGAGUCCUCCACAACAACAGGAGUCCUCCACAACACCAAGAGUCCUCCACAACACCAAGAGUCCUCCACAACACCAAGAGUCCUCCACAACACCAGGAGUCCUCCACAACACCAAGAGUCCUCCACAACAACAGGAGUCCUCCACAACACCAAGAGUCCUCCACAACACCAAGAGUCCUCCACAACACCAAGAGUCCUCCACAACAACAGGAGUCCUCCACAACAUCAAGAGUCCUCCACAAGAACUGGUUCUGAGCAACCUUGUCUUUUCCUCUUUUCUAGUUCGAUGGUUUGAAGCACUUGGGAGACCCACUGUGUAA